AUGCCUAAGCAACACGGGAGAAGAAAGAAAACAAGAACUCAUACAAAGGAACUUGUUGAGGAGGAGCUCAAGUCUAUUCCAAAAUGUUUUGUAUUAAGAAAAGGCAAGGUUAUUAAGCAGUUAAAAAGCUUGGUAAUGGAUUUAAGAUAUCUAAUGUCUCCAUGGAGCGCAAUAAAAUUACAGGAAAAUAAAUAUAACAAGAUCAAGGAUUUUGUUAGUAUUGCAGGCCCACUGGGAAUAUCACAUAUUCUUGCUUUAAGUCAAACAACAUCUGGCGCAUAUCUUCGAAUAAUUGUAUUACCUUCUGGCCCAACUGCAACAUUUAAAAUCGAGAAUUUCAGCUUAAUGCACGAUAUUAGAUCUUCACAAAAAAGGCCUAGAAGCUGUAGUUCAGACUAUUUAACAUCCCCAUUAUUAGUAUUAAAUGGAAUGAAGAAUUUACCUUCAGAUAAUUCCUCUGGUUCCAUACCUUUGUAUUUACUUCGAACUAUGAUUAAUGGAAUGUUUCCUGCAAUUGAUCUGACAAAGAUACAAAUAAGAUCUUGUAAAAGAGUUGUUCUUAUUGAAUAUAAUAAAGAUAGUCAAUUGUUUGAAUUAAGGCACUAUGCAAUUAUACGCCGUCCAGCAGGAGUAUCAAAAUCAAUUAAGAAGUUAUUACUAAAGACAAGAGAUCAAAAACUCUACUCUAUUGGAAGAGGGGACGAUAUGGCUGAUUAUGUUUUAUCUUCGGAAAAUGGAGCUUGCGCCUCAGAUAGCGAAGUUGAUGACGAAGUGGAAGUAAAAAUACCAAUUUCAAGUGGAAAUCGUGAUGAAAGCCAAAUGGGAUUGUCAGAAAGAAGCGGUAUUUAUACAGGAAAGGUUUCCGUAUCUUUAAAAGAGCUCGGUCCAAGAAUAUCAAUGAGACUUGUUAAGGUUGUUGACGAGGUUUGCGAUGGAGCUGUUAUUUACCAUCGUUUUGUCAGAAAAAGCAGCGAUGAGUUAAAAAAAUUGGAAAAAAAGGAAAUAUUGUUAAAAGAGAAAAGAAAAGAAGAAAAUGCCUUGUUUAAUAAUUACAAUAAAGAUGGGAAUUUACGUGAAGAAACAUAA